CAGGAAGUGUCGGAGUGACUCAUCGCUCAGCAUUUUACCGUCUCUGGUGCUAGUUACGCACGGCUUGGAUUUCACGCUUCUAACUGGACGUCCCUUCAUGUGAAAAUGAGCAACCCCGAGGACCCUAAAGUGACAACACCACACAUACUAAAAGAGGAGCUCCUGGCAGAAGGGAAAUGGGUGAAGCUGGAGCAAACCACAUACAUGGACCCCGCAGGAAACACCAGAACCUGGGAGACUGUGAAGCGGACAACCAGAAGGACCAACACAGAAGCAGAUGGCGUAGGGAUCAUCGCGCUGCUCAAACGGACGCUCCACAAAGACUGCGUAGUGAUGGUGAAGCAGUUCCGUCCUCCGCUGGGAUGCAACACGCUGGAGUUUCCUGCAGGACUGAUCGAUGAGGGAGAAACUGCAGAGGCGGCCGCACUGAGGGAGCUGAAGGAGGAAACCGGCUAUAAAGGGGAAGUAGUGGGAGUCACUCCAGUGACCUGCCUGGACCCUGGCCUGUCUAACUGCACCACCCAGAUCGUCCUGGUCAACAUUAACGGCGACGACAUGGAGAACAUCCAUCCAACACAGCAGCUCGGUGACGGAGAGUUUGUUGACGUUAUCCUUUUACCUCUUGAUGAGUUCCAGUCCAAAAUUGAUGACUUGUUGCGCAAAGAAAAGAUCAUAGUGGACUCCAAAGUGUAUAUCUUUGCUAUGGGAAUGGUUCAGGCCUUCUUCAAGCCGAGAGAGCUGCCCGUCCUAAAGCAGUGACGGAAAUGGGGACGGCAUCCCUAGGAAGAUGUAGUCUUUACCGGUACACGUGCCUUGGAAAAUGAGGAUUUUCAAAUUCUGACAGUGAAAUUUAUGGAAAACCUGUGGCUUUUUGUUUUUUAGAUCUAAAUUAAUCUGAUUAUCAACGAUCGGUUAUGUUAGUUGUUUUCACCUAAACUGUAAAGAAACAAUGAAAGUCCUUAAGCCUUUGGUUUCAAAAUAGAUUCCCGGAAGGGAUCAAUGUACAUUAACUCUGCAUCUCAGUAGGACCUCAAAGACCCAAACAUGAACUCCUUUUCAUUCUCAACAUGUUAAAGUUUCAGUUUUACAUUCCCUGAAUGAUGACCAGUAACUUUUAAUGAUAUUAAACCUGUUUUAUUGUAGCUUUCAGGAAACAUUCCUUAAUAAUCACUAACAUUAGGUUUAACCAUCUUAUUCAAGAGGCACCUUGUACCUUGUAGGCACUAAUUAUUGUACGUGUAAUAUACCUGAUGAUGUAUUAAUAAUGCGAUUGGGUGUUUUACUGUGUAACCUCCAACCAGGCUCCAAUACUGAGCAUUCCUUCUGUACCCAAGUUACUGACCAAUGAAUAAAGGUGAUACGACUUGUGUUGUGACUGAAA